UAGAAUGACACUUGAUUAGCCCUGGUAGAUUUAGCAGUAUAGAACCAAAUCGGAAGGAACAAACAUGUACUGAAUCUAGUUACUGAAUCUCCAUACAAAGGGAAAAAAACAUACAACCACCAAACAUGGAUGAGCGAAUGUUGUGGAAGAACUGGCAAUACCUGAAGAAUGAAAUCUACGUGGAGGAUUUUAUUGAUGCGAUGAUGGAGGCUGGGAUUUUUACUGCCCAGAAUAAGAGAGAUAUCAUGAUGGUGCAGCCCAGCACGCGCCAAAUGAAGGCCGAAAAGUUCCUGAACGUCCUCAUCCAGGCCGGCGAGAAGGGGUACGAGAUGUUUACCACCGUGCUCCACGCCAUGAGAACAGACAACCGAUACACGUCCCUGAUGGAGAAACUGAACCUCCCCAGUGGUAACGUGAUGGUGGUUCACCCACUGGUGGAAGACGCUUCCGCGGCCUCUAGUGAUUGCAGGCCAGACACCCGAGGCUCACAAAGACCUUCCACAGCUUCAAGCGGAAGUACUGAUAUAAGCAGAGAUGGUGAAACCGGAGAGAAAAAUCGGCGAUCUGCAAGACAAGCAUGGCGGUCUCAGAAUUCCGGAAGUAACCCCAACAGCGCAAGCUCACGACGUCCAACAAGUAAUAGCGGCGCUCGAGGAGGAAUGGUCCGUCAGCCCAGCACGGGAGAGGUCAAUUCAGUAACUAGAUUCCCAAACCAAGCGCAGCCACCUCAACCAUCUUACGUGGCAGACGAGCAACCGCCAUCAGCCGCUUCUUGCGAUGACAAACGACUAAACGAAAAAGACUUGUCAGUGGACAUGAACAUCUUGGAGCAGGAACUUGUUCGCAUCGCACCAACCAUUGCUGAGCUCUUCCAAAAGAUAUCGAAGACGACAUCCUCAAAUAUUCCGGUCAGCGAAGAAGAAAUCCGCAAGGUGAAGGAGGAAAACGAGAGGCUGCGAAAAACUAACAGGGCACUGAUUGAGAAGCUGAACAACUUCCAGCAAAAAAUCAUCCAGUUGCAGUUGGAGAAUAAGAAUCUAAGGGAAAAUGGCGAAGGUGCAAAAGAGGCAAAGGAAGAACUUGGGCGCAAAGCUCGGGAAUUACAAGACAUGGAAAGGAGACUGGAAGAACAGAAAAAUGCACUGGAAGAAAAAGAAAUGGAGCUUAACAUACAGCUGAUGAAAAUCAAGGAAAUUGAAAAGGACAUUAUCCGCCAGAAACGGCAGAUCACGAAACUCGAGAUUCUUCACGAGGAGGGCCAGCAAGAAAACGAGCGGCAACAGGAAGAAAUCGCCAUACUGAAAGAGGACCGUUAUAAACAGCAGGAACAGAUUCGUCAGCUGGAGCUAAAGCAGAGACAGGGAGACGAACGUCUGCGACGACUGGAGGAAAGACUGAAGCAGAUAGAGGAAGCCCCGGUCAACAAAACCAAGAGCAUCAAAUCCCGGGACCCCAAAUUCAGGACGACCAAGCGACUUCUGGGUCAGAUGUACAACAGCGAAAUCACGUGAUAAACAUGGCGUCACUCAAACCUGAAAAAAAAAUAUGCAGACAUACAAGCCUUUCCAUUUCAUUAAAAAAUGGCAAUUUUAAUGUUAAUUUUUUUUAUCUGUAAGUUGAAAUUGUAUUUUGUCCAGUGAACCUUUUCAUUGAGAGUGUUGUAAAUCGUUUCUGCUUAGAAUUCUUAUGAUAUUGAUGUUCGAUUUUAUGUACGACGAAUUUUUUAUCUUAUAAAAUGAAAUAUUCAAAAUGAA